UCCUGAGGUUGAAUUGGGUUAAGGAUAAAUAUUCAGCUCAUUUCCCAGUUUCUGCAGACUUGAAAUCUCUCAUACAACCGAGAACCUUCACUAUGCGGACAUCAACCACUGUCAGUCUACUCGCUAUCGCGCCGUAUUUGGCUGAUGCGGCAAAGAGCACCACCAAAUACUCUACUGAAACUGUUUUCCUUCCCCAGAGAAAGACUGGAAGUGCAACGAAUAUUUACGCCUCCCUCAUCACAGAAACUGGCUCAAAGACGGAAUAUCUCCUCGCUUGCCAGACAAACUUCGGUACUUCAUACUCUUGCGAUGGAGACUUUCACGGCAUUACCGUGACCUACGAGGAGUCAAGCAUGAAUCUUGCCGUCAGCUCAACAACAUACGACUGCUCUCUAGGCUCAGGCUCAGCUGUUUGCGCAACAAUUACUGCUACUCAGACUGAGUCCGUGGAGUCACGAACAAUUCCUUCAUCGGAGAGUGAACGCUGGAUGACGCCUAUUACUUUCGUUGACCUCAAGAAGAGAAAGACGACCAGUACGAAAUCAACAGCCAAAGCAACGGAGACAGUGAGUAACAAACUUUGCAAGAGGAAGACUCCUCAUGGAAGUUCGGAUUCUGGAGAUAGCGGAAGCAGUGGCAACAGUGGAAGUAGUGGUGAUGACAGCAGUGGUUCUAGCAGCGGUUCCAAGAGCGGUUCUGGAUCUGCUGCCGAUGACGAUGACGAUAGUGGCAGUUCAUCUGCGAGCCCUACCAAGAAGAAGAACAAUGACGAUGACGGAUGCUCAGCUGGAUCUAUUGCGUCUUGGAGCUGGGGAGUUGUGGCUGUUGGGCUUGGUGGUUUCCUUGGUAUCAACAUGGUAUAAGAUGACCAUGCACUUGUUUAUUUACUUCACUCGAACAUAUUUCUGGGAAUAACAUAUUUACUGCAUUACCGUGGGACUUUUGAACGAGAUGCCUCAGGGUUGAUUGCACUAGUAGUAAAACGGGAACUGUCUAAUGCAGACGCGCCGUCCAACCGUUUUUCUUGUAAAGCGAGACGCUAGACGAAAUUGAAUGCAUCUCAUGUCGAUCACAUUAAAUUCAAUGUCCAAGCCUUAGCCGAAAUGUUCACUGAUCAACACUCGAGAUAUAUCCAAUACCGACUUCUCAUUAACAACAGGAGCACUCACGCUACAUAACAGAACAACACCCGCUGUGUACCAUCAUCCAUCGUCUCAGUCCCGGCGCCGGGGGCCCCCUCGCCGGAGCCCCAAACUGCGCAAUCCGCACCGGAUACCCCGGAUUUCUCCUCAAAAGGUCCAACGGAUCAUACAUCGGCUUCGUCACUAUUGCCAGGACCUCCUCAUAAUAAUUCAGCAUCGGCACGAACCACUUCGUAUGCGUGAAGCAUCGUUUCUUACACCUAUCGGCCGGAUACGCAUCAACAGUGGUCUUCGUCUGCACACCGUUUCGCGCCCGUUUGUUAAACCAGAAUUUUUGGUUGUGCCGUCAGAAGUCAAUGACGUGGACUUGGAAGUUGUAGAGAUCGUAUGCUGCGAGGCUUUCGUACGUCCAGCGUGAUUGAAAUGGAGACUCCAGCGGUUAGACCGUAGGGAUGGGGGACUGUGGAGGCGAGACUUAGAUCGAUGAGGGUGCCGUCGAUGUAUUGGUCUGGUUUCAAGUCGUGAACUACUAUUCCGAGGAAAUGAAGCUUGUGGAGAUCUUUGAGCAUUCGGUUGAAAUAUUUCACUGCUAUCAUUUGAUCGUACGUAACGUUGCUUCAAAUCGUGCCAGG